AUGCAGUUUGUCAUUGUGGGAGAGGAGACGCAGAGUGGUUUCUGUGGGAAGGAGAAGGUUGAGCAAUUCUUUAAUGUGGUUAUAGUGUUCAAUAUUUUAUUGAUCUUCAUAAUUGCUCGUGACCACUGCUUACGUACUCCUACAUUUCUGGCUGUCGUCAACCUUGCAGUAAUUGAUGUCCUCUUAAACACUCUAUUAUUCCCAGCAUGAUUGAGACAUUCCUCUUUUAAGGACAACUUUGUUCCAUUUAACCUCUCUCUGUUACAGAUGUAUGUCUAGUUUGCUGUUAUAUCGCUAUAGUUGUCCAUGACAAUUCUUAUGUGUUUUCCUCUCCGUCAGAACUUAUUCAACACACUGCCGAUCAUGUUGUGUAUGGGGUACAAUCUGGGUAGAGUAGCAAAAACCACGGCGAUCAUGACUCGACUGUCAUUUUGCAGUUCUGUCAAGGUAUUCAGCUAUUUCUGUGAUGAUGCGCCUGUGUUUAGACUCGAAGCUUCAGCUUCUAGUAUGGUGAAUCUGAUGGUCCUUUUUACUGUUAUUAUUCUGUCUUAUGUCUACAUAUUGGGCCCUGUGUUCAGAAUUAAAUCAGCAUAUAAUAGGAGGAAAGCUCUUGCCACUUGCAUUGAACACCUAAUCCUUGUUGCUGUAUUUUACAUUCCUGUAAGAGUGUAUUCCUUACUUCCACAUGAGCUUCAUACAGGAAGGCAGCAGAAACACUGUGCUGAAUGUGAAUAG